GAAUGAGUACUCGCUUGACCUGUUCCGUCAUAGCUAUGAAAACCACGGACCAAUCAGAGUGGUGUGUGAAUGACAUGAGUGUGAUCUGAUUGGCCGACUCCGUCCGUGAGCUCAGUAGUAAUGAAUGGCAGAUGACUGCGCGCACGCGCUGCCGCACAGAGACGCUUUGCAGGAGAUUUGAACGAGCUCGUGACAGUCAGCCGAGGAAUCUCACCCGCGCGCAUUAAGGCUUCACCAUGACAACGGCGGCUCACGCGCAGGAGCUCUUCAGGCGCGCGCAGGCCGUGUGUUUUGACGUGGACAGCACCGUGAUCCGCGAGGAGGGCAUCGACGAGCUCGCGAAGUUCUGCGGCGUCGGGGACGCGGUCACGGAGAUGACCCGGAGUGCCAUGGGCGGCUCCGUCUCGUUCCACACAGCUCUGAGUGAGCGUCUGUCCAUCAUCAAGUGUUCGAGGGAACAGGUCAACAAACUGCUGACGGACCACCCGCCGCAGCUCACGCCGGGGAUCAGGGAGCUGGUGGAGCGUCUUCAUCAGCGCGGCGUGAAGGUCUUCCUCAUCUCCGGCGGCUUCCGCUGCAUCGUCGAACACGUGGCGUCGCAGCUCCACAUUCCCCUGGACCACGUCUACGCAAACCGCCUCAAGUUUUACUUCAACGGCGAGUACGCUGGGUUCGACGAGUCUCAGCCCACGGCGCAGUCGGGGGGGAAGGGCGCGGUGAUCCGGGGUCUGAAGGAGCGCUACGGCUUCGAGACGGUGGUGAUGAUCGGAGACGGAGCCACUGAUCUGGAGGCCUGUCCUCCUGCGGUGAGUUCCAGAGUGCGUCUCACACACACACACACACACACACCAAAUAUGCCCCGCCGCAGAAGCACGAUAACACACAUCAUUACUGUACGUUCACACCGCCACCGGCGAGAGCGUCAAAGUGGCCGGAAGUCAUUCAUUUUCAUUGAGAGCCGCGGCGCGUUUCGGACGGCGAGAGCGGCGGUAAUAAGCAAUGACGCGGUUCGGCGGCAACCAAUCGGAAUGUAGAAGUGCUCCGUUUGAGAGAAUCCCACAGAACGCAGUCCUGUAAACUUUGGUUCCGGCCACAUUAGUUCCCAAGCAAAAUAGACGAGGUUGAUAAUUUGAAUUUGAUAAGAGGGCGCGCAACGCUAUU